AUGUCUACGAGCGGCCUAAAGCAGAUCUCGCCCGUCCCGACGGCGGCGGACUUCCUGGACAUCGUCCUGUCUAGAACACAGCGGAAGACACCGACGGUCAUCCACAAAAACUUCAAAAUCAGUCGGAUUCGCAACUUUUACAUGCGCAAGGUCAAGUUCACGCAAGAUUCAUUCGAUGAAAAGCUGAGCGCGAUCCUGGAGGAGUUCCCUAUGCUUGAUGAUCUUCACCCGUUCCUUGCAUCCCUUAUGAACGUUCUCUACGACAAAAACCACUACAAGCUCGCUCUCGGACAGCUCCGAACAGCCAGGCAUCUCAUCGACCAGUUUGGUGACAGUCUCUACCGAUGCAAGCAGCUCAAACGGGCCGCGCUCGGUCGUAUGGCGACAAUCAUGCGAAGGCAGAAGGACCCCCUCGCCUACCUCGAGCAGGUCCGGCAGCACAUCUCCCGUCUGCCCGCGAUCGACCCUACCGCUCGCACGCUCCUCAUCUGUGGCUACCCCAAUGUCGGCAAGUCGUCCUUCAUCAACAAAGUCACCCGCGCGGAUGUCGACGUGCAGCCGUACGCCUUCACGACGAAGUCGCUCUUCGUGGGGCACCUCGACUACCGGUACAUGCGGUGGCAAGUGAUCGACACGCCGGGUAUCCUCGACCAUCCCCUCGAGGACAUGAACACGAUCGAGAUGCAGAGCAUCACCGCCCUUGCGCAUCUCAGGAGUUGUGUGCUCUACUUCAUGGAUCUCAGUGAGCAGUGCGGGUACAGCGUCGAGGCGCAGUGCAAGCUCUUCCAUUCCAUCAAGCCCCUCUUCGCGAACAAGCCAACCAUGCUUGUCAUCAACAAGAUCGACGUCACCCGCCUGGACGAUCUAUCGCCCGAGAACCGCGCGCUGGUCGACGAGAUCAUCAGCGCCGAGGACGUCAUGAACGUACAGGUGUCGUGUUACACCGACGAGGGCGUUAUGGAGCUGAAGAACAAGGCCUGCGACGCUCUCCUGGAGCACCGCGUAGACCAGAAGCUCAAGGGCAACAAGAUCAACUCGAUCCUCAAUAGGCUGCAUGUCGCGCAGCCGAAGGCACGCGACGACGUCGUGCGCGAGCCGUUCAUCCCAGAGGCGGUGAAGAACCGGAAGAAGCGGAGGCUGGAGCGGGACAUCGAGGCGGAGGAGGGUGGCGCAGGCGUGUACAACAUCAACCUCAAGAAGAACUACAUGCUUGCGAAUCCGGAAUGGAAGAUGGACAUCAUACCGGAGAUCAUGGACGGCAAGAACAUCGCCGACUUCAUCGACCCGGACAUCCUCGAGAAGCUCGACGCGCUCGAGCGCGAAGAGGAGAAGCUCCAGGCAGAAGGGUUCUACGACAGCGAGGAAGAGAUGUUCGACUCGGACGACGAGCUGGAAGCGGCCGAGGCGAAGGUAGCCCGGGGGAAGAAGCUGAUCUCGCAGAGCUCCAAAAAGUCGAUGAAGAACCAGGCCAAGCUCCCGCGUACCGCCGGCCUCCGCACACUCACCGAGCUCUCCUCCGAGCUCACCAAGGCCGGGCACGACCCCUCGCGCAUCGAGGAGCGCGCGACGCGGCUCGCGAAGCAAGCGGGUGCGAAGCGGAAGCGCGAGCGCGAGGAGGACGCGCAGAUGGACGUCGACGAGGAGGGCGCGGAGGGCGACUGGAUGGACGUGGAUGGCGAGGACCAGCCGACGCCGAACAAGCGGGCGAAGGCUAACUCAGGGGCUGUCGUGGCGAAGGGCAAGCAUGAGCCGAAGACGGACCGGCGGCUUGCUGGUAUGCGGGACCAUGCGCAAGCCUCAAAAGCGAUCAAGCUUCGGGAUCUUGGCCAAAGAAAACCGAAUAUGCUCGCAAAGGCUGGCGAGUCUGACCGUGCGAUCAAGGUCAAGAUGCCCAAGCACCUGUACUCUGGCAAGCGGAAAAUGGGCAAGACGAACCGCCGAUGA